AUGAAGUGCAUUUGGUUUUUGUUGCUUGUAGAAGUUAUGAGCGCAGUUGAUUCAUGUAACGGAAUGGGCUAUCAAGAUAUAAUCCUUUGGUUCCCUGAUGUUGCAGAUAGAAGAAAGAUAAACAAGAACACGGCAUUAAAAUACUGUAAUGACAAUGGCGGUCGAUUGGUGGAUAUUGUGGAUAAAGCGAUGUACAACGUGGUUUAUAACUACUGUCGACGAACCAUUGUAUUCGGAUCCCAUGUCCAUUAUCGUAUUUGGCUCGGUUUAAGUUAUAGCCCAGUGACUGAUACAGUGACUCAGAGCAACAGGAAACCUGGUUAUCAUGGAGAUUGGUAUCCUGGUCUUCCGAAUAGUGGAAGUGGAUACAAGAUGCACACCGGGUUGUUGCUUGUCAUCCAAACACCAAGUUCAACCCUACCCUUCCACGGAAUGCAUAAUUAUUCCCCGACAUUGGAUAUUACCGUUACACAAUUGUGUUCGACCAAGAUAAUGUAGUUUAGUUAGCAUAAGUUAGAUGGUGAAUAAAUUAUUACUGAAGUGGAUAAAUGUAACGUACAAACUCAUAGAAAUUGGGCCUACU